AAUAAUAUUCUGCGAUUAUUUUGUCUAUUAUGAAAUAUCCUAGUACAAAGCUUCCCUGUUUGGCAUAAUCUGCGAUGCCGCGGUUGGAAAAUGGCAACCAUGAAACUUUCUCAUCACGACUACACCGUUGCCUGGGUUUGCGCGUUGCCGCUGGAGAUGACAGCUGCGAAACUAAUGCUCGAGGAGAUUCAUGAGCCCCUUCCUCAACCUCCGACCGAUCCUAACGCCUAUACACUUGGUAAACUGGGGGAACACAAUGUCGUUAUCGCCUGCUUGCCCUCAGGUGUUUAUGGGACUACAUCCGCUACAGCUGUCAUAGCUAAGAUGCAUUCAACAUUCCCGUUCCUAAGAUUUGCCUUGAUGGUGGGUAUUGCGGGUGGUGUACCCAGCGAAAGCGCCGAUGUUCGUCUUGGGGAUGUGGUAGUUAGCAUACCAUCAGGUACUUCAGGAGGUGUGGUGCAAUAUGAUUUUGGGAAGACACUGCCCGAUGGACGCUUUCAACGCACCAGCUCGCUCAACAAGCCCCCCCAGUUAUUACUCAACGCUGUAUCCAAAGUGCGCGGCGAUUAUCCGCUCACGGAGGCAGACAUUGAUGGGAUUAUUUCCCGUAUACUGAACGUAAAUGAGAGGCUAAGACAACAAUUCUCACGACCUCAUAGAGACUGGCUAUUUAAUGCAGAAUACAUACAUGAAAGCAAUCAUCCUGAUUGCUUGGAAUGUGACCAGACCCAGUUAGUGAAACGAGUAUCCCGAAACUCUUCCGAGCCUCAUAUUCAUUACGGUCUGAUUGCGUCUGCAAAUCAAGUUAUGAGGGACGCAAAAACACGAGACUCUCUUGCCCAAGACUUAAACAUUCUUUGCUUUGAAAUGGAGGCAGCUGGACUCAUGGAUCAGCUCCCUUGCUUGGUGAUCCGAGGCAUCUGUGACUACUGCGACUCUCAUAAGAAUAAAGAAUGGCAGGGAUACGCAGCGCUUGCCGCUGCUACUUAUUCUCGGCUCCUUCUGGCAGUUGUCCCGUCUCAAGACAACAUUAGCCACAAAAAUCACGCGUUAGCUCAACAGAACGAAACAAUAAAAAGAAGACAGAUAGCUGCUCUGAAAAGCCUUUACGUGUCACUCUAUCGAGACCAAAAAAACCGGAACCCUGAUCGAAUCCCGGGAACUUGUGAAUGGUUCAUCUCACAUCCGAUCUUUCAGGAAUGGGAAUCAAGUAAAACAUCACGACUGCUUUGGGUCUCUGCAAAUCCUGGAUGUGGCAAGUCUGUCCUUGCCAAAUACCUCGCAGAUUCCAUUCUCAUACGCGGUGUUUCCCGAACAGUUGGUUAUUUCUUUUUCAAAGAUGACUUUGAAGACCAAAGGAGUAUCACAAAUGCGCUAUGCUGUAUACUUCACCAACUCUUUGACCAGAGGCGUGACCUGCUGACUGAAACCAUACUUGAACGAUUUGAAAUGAAUGAAAGGGUCACCGGCUCAUUCAGCGAGCUCUGGAACAUUCUUAUCAAAGUUACCAGUGAGGAAAAUACCGGGGACGUCGUUUUUCUUUUGGACGCCUUGGACGAAUGUGAACAGCAUGGAUGUUCCCAAUUUAUGGAAGCUUUGUGCAGGCUUUAUACAAAUGAGAGUCAACAUAAUCUCAAACUCAAAUUCCUGAUCACUAGUCGCUCCUAUAGUCACAUCCGACAAGGCUUUCAACCUCUUAACUUACCUGGACAGCCUGCCAUUCAUCUUAGUGGAGAAAGCGAUCGUGAAACGAAGAAAAUUUCUCAAGAGAUUGAUAUUUUCAUUGAAGCUAAAGUCAAUGACGUACAAGAUCGACUACAGCUCACAGAUAAUGAGCGCGACAUGUUGCGUGAAAGCCUGACUCGUGUCACUCAUAGGACAUAUCUCUGGGUCUACCUUACUUUGGAGGGCUUGGUCCAAAAUAAGGACUAUAUUGACGAAAGAGGAAUUGUUGAGGCUACUUCUCAUCUCCCAAAGACUAUUGAUGAGGCAUAUGAACGGAUCCUGGCAAGGAGUACUGACUUUCAAAAAGCCAAGAAACUACUUUACAUUGUGGUUGGAGCCAUGCGGCCCGUAAGCCUCAAGGAAAUGAAUUUCGCGCUGGCUCUGAAGAAGGGUCAACGUUCUUAUACCAAUCUCACUCUCGAACCGGAAAAUCGUUUUCGUGAGGUGAUCCGGUCUAUAUGUGGACUCUUUAUUAUGAUUGUGGAUUCCAAAAUUUAUCUCCUACACCAAACAGCAAGGGAGUUUUUGGUCGCUGGGGAGCGGAUGGUUGAUGAUAUUAAUCGAUCUUUUGAAUGGAGACAUUCUCUUCGAUUGCAAGACUCACACUGCCUCCUUGCCAAUAUCUGCAUCCAACAUCUGCUUUUCACUGAUCUCGAGAAGACUCCAUCAUCUGUAGAGGUCGGACUUAGUCGCGAUCAUUCUGUCUUUCUGGACUACUCUGCUACGUAUUGGACGACUCAUCUAUUGGAGUCAAAACUCAAACUAGAGGGCAUGCUACCAGACCUUAAUAUAAUUUGUGAUGCCAGUACAAUGCGCUGCCAAACCUGGCUUCACAUUUAUUGGGCUUCUUUAAAUACAGAGUUCCCUACUGGUUUCACCACUCUCAUGGUUACAUCAUAUUUUGGGCUUACGCCCGUCACCAAACAUUGGAUUAAAGCCGACGGAAUUGACUUGGACGCCAGAGAUCAUGUGUAUGGACGGUCUGCACUAUCGUGGGCAGCAGGGAAUGGCCAUAGUGGUAUUGUGAAACUCUUGACCCAAAGGUCUUGGAAAAGAUUCUUUCAAGCAAGGGCGUAUGUUGACUUAGCAGAUAAGCAUAACCGGACUCCGCUGUCGUGGGCAAUCUUGAAUGGUCAUGAGGAAGCAGCUCGUGUACUGUUUAGGGCUGGAUCUGACAUUAAUUUGGCUGAUGACAUUGGAGGGACACCGCUUUACUAUGCCAUCUUAAGCGACCGUCGCCAAUUAUUAGAGCUUUUUACAAGAGAAAGAAGUCAGCUGGAGUCAAAAAAUGACAUGCAAAAAAAGUUCCUACUUUCGGCUGUGAAGGAAGGACAUGAACCGGUAGUGAGAAUGCUGCUUGAACAAGGUGUCGAUGUGGAGUCUAGAGAUAAUGAACAUGGUCGAACCCUACUCUCAUGGGCAUCUGGCAAUGGUCACGUUGCAGUGGUUAAGGUCUUGCUCGCGAAGGAUGCACAUGUGCAAUCCAAGGAUUGCCAAUCCGGUCGAACACCGCUCUCCUGGGCGGUUGAGAAUAUGCACUCAGCGGUGUUAGGGCUCCUGCUUGAUAAAUCUAGUUUGGAGUCAAUGGUACAUAUUCAAAAAUUCCGGGACAUAGUUGGAGCUAUUAUCACUCUUCAGCCUUCUGUCUCAGUUGAGACACUUGCAAGUUUCCUCGGAAUACCUAUGAGUGAUAUCCUUGAUCAACUAGACUCACUGCAACCACUUCGUCCAAUCCUUGAUAUGCCAACAGAUCCUAACGCUCUCAUCCAAUUUUUACAUCUACAUUUCCAAUACUUUCUCCUCCACACGAAAACAGCUCUUCGGGUGGGGAAGAACGAAAUGCACAAAAUAAUAGCUGACCGAUGUUUAUACAUCAUGAACAGUUUGCUGAAAGAGAAUAUUUGUGACUUGCCAAGCAUUGCAAGUGAGUUUAAGGACAUCAAGGAUCAGACAAUUGACCAGUGUCUACCCAAACACUUGCAAUACUCGUGUUACCAUUGGGCAUAUCAUCUGGCGCAAAGUAAUGAGCUUGCCAGUGACGAAGUAAUAAGCUUUCUGGAACAGCAUUUCCUUCAUUGGCUGGAAGCAGUGAGUAUAAUGGGACGAAUAUAUGAUGCCAUACGUAUCUUAAAUUUGUUGACAAAGAUCUCAAAUUUAAUAAUCUCGGAGUUUUUAUAUGAUGUGCAGCGACUCAUACUCAGAAAUAUGGCUUGCUCUGCCCCGCUAAAGAUUUAUUAUUCUGCAAUUGCUUUUGCUGCUGAGAAGUCAAUAAUGGACCGCCUCCAAAAUGAUCCUUUACAGGUGAUGAGAAUAUUACCAACGACUAGGAAUUCAUGGGGUACGCACCUUCAGACCCUUGAGGGCCAUUCAGAUAAGGUCAGGACUGUAGCCUUCUCACCAAACGGCCAGAUACGGGCCUCAGGCUCCCAUGAUCAAACCAUCCAGCUGUGGGAUGCCAAGUCUGGAAAACUUCUCCAGAUCCUUGAGGACCACUCAGGUCAGGCUACUACUNNNNCCUUCUCACCAGACGGCCAGAUACUGGCCUCAGGCUCUCGUGAUAGAACUGUCCGGCUAUGGGAUACUAAGUCCGGCAAACAACUCCAGGUCCUCAAGGGCCUUGCAAUUUAGGUCAAUUCUGUGGCCUCCUCUCCAGAGGGUCAGAUACUGGCCCCAGGCUCCUAUGAUAGAACCGUCCGGCUGUGAGAUGUCAAGUCCACUAAGCAAUUCCAGUCCCUUGGUACAAACGCUGCUGUCAG